UUGAGAGAACGCACGCGGCGGCCCGGAGAGCGAUGUUGAAUGUGGGGACCUGAUAUAUAUAAUCUUGUUCUUGCGCGGCUGUUGUACCAAGAGCAACACAGAAUGAAAGUCGUUGGGAGCAGCGACGCCACUGCAGCAUCAUCUGCAUCGUCCUCCCCCGCUGUUGAGAGUAGGAGCCGCGGAGUUUUUACUCGUCGCGUGACUACCGCAGCCCCUCUGCAGACCGCAGCAACGGCCGUUGCCCCCUGUGCAAAGCAGUUUCGCGUCCUUUUGUUACACGACACUGCUCGUCGUUCCUGCUGCUGUGAAGCAAGGAUAGAAGGAGCAGCCAAGAGAAAAGAACCGCCGAACGUGAAGACCACUACGCCAGCGCUCGAGAAGUCACGAGCCAAAACUCGCUGGAAGCAGCGCUGGAAACAAGGUGGUGGGACGUCGAGUCGUCUUGAGACCUGUGUCCAUUUAUGCAGGAAGAAUCUACUCUUUCGCGCAGCGCCCGCGAUAUGUUGUCUUCUCUGGAACUACAUCAACUUUUUCUUCCUUUUGUCCUUCGCGAAGAUCGAAAGCAAAAACAACACUCCGGUGGAGAAGAAGGUCACCGUGAAAGAGACCGUUUUUGACUCUCCGAUAGAUCGCAUGGAGUGGUGCGGGGACGACAACGAAGUGGUGCUGAUUUUAACCCGGAGGGGCAGACUCCAUCGCUCUUCAGACGGCGGCGUUCGAUGGGACGACAUCACCGCGCAGCUCGGCGACGCGAACGACAACUCGUUCGACUCUUUCUUGGUCUCGCCGGCGGAUAAAAGGGUAUAAGUAAGGACCACGUAUCACCAGUACAAUAGACGACUAUCACUUGAUGUUGAGACCUAUGUCUCCGACCGUAUAGAUACUUGCGUUUCAUCAUCCCAGGCCAGGGAGCCUCCCCUUGGUUGUGAGUGCAUGUAAAAAUUUUCGCCCUAGGUAGUCGCGCAAAACAAAAAAGUGCACUGCUUAAGUUGAACUUGCCUCACGAUUUCAUACACAGUAUCUCGUCGCCGUGGGUACUUCCAAAUCCCAUUUCGUGUCUUCCGACGCUGGCAGAUCGUGGCGGAAGUUGAAGCAAAAGGCAACGAUCCACACCUUCGUGUUCCACCCAACCAAAGGGCAAUGGGCUCUCCUCUCUAGUUGGACGGACAGUUGCAACGAUAGCGCCGCAGAAAAGCGGACCAGCGCCGGGAGCAAGGCGGAAAAGGCGCUCAGCGGACGGGGGGGAAGUCAACAGCCGUGUGUGCAUAACUUGUUCGUCACCAAAGACCUCGGUAUUUUAUAUUCGAUUGAUGCGUGCACAAGCGGUCUUUCUUUUCACUGUACGUAGUAGAAGAGUGGUAGUAAGUACCAUGAUAUCCUUGCCGGAGUCAGCACUAGGACUAAAAUGGAAGGCAGCACGACCAGGCAGCGCAAUUCGUUCUUUCGUUCAAACAAACUCCUCCAGGCGUUACCUUCACCCUCGUGAGUUCCUACGUGGUUCAAUUCGCUUGGGGCGAAGUAGAAUCCGCAGCCUCGACAUCAACUUCGCAGCCACAAGGCGGAACGUCCGCAAGCUCCCCCCAGCAACUCCCUCCUUCCGGAAAGGAAAACCUCAUUUACUUCUCCCAUUUCAACCAAAAAUCCGGCAACCAGCCGAAAUUGCUCGCCUGGUCGCUCGGGGUCGACUUCUGCGUCACCGAGGACUUCGGCAGGAAUUACCAGACCCUCGUCCCCGCCGGGAAUAAGUUUGGCAUCUUCACCGGGUACAUUUUCGUCGCGAAACUGGACAACGCGGCCACGCAGAACGUCGCACUGAUGGUGUCCACUGAUGACGGAAAAAGUUUCGGUCGGGCGAAGAUCGGCGAGCAAUUGGAGGAGUAUCAAGUGUAAAAAUGUCUGGGUCUGGAAGAUUCUGACACUUGUCAUGCACGUUUUGCAUGAGCCCUGAUGUCUGUGAUGCAUACCCUAGCAAUACAGUUUUUUUGAGGGCUUCUUGAUGCGUAUUCCGCAUGACAAAUGCCUUCUCCGCGUAGCAGAAAUUACAUUCCUUUUGGUACUCAUGCAAUACAGAUUUUUUUGGAAUCCAAAUGCAGCAUCACAAGUUGCAUUCUUCCAGACCCAGACAUUUUUACAUUUGAUAAGGAGAAGUCGUACACAAUUCUCGACACGUCCGAGGGCGCGGUUGUGCUCCACGUCCACCUAUCAAAUGUAAAAAUGUCUGGGUCUGGAAGAAUGCAAGAUUUGUGAUGCAGUUUUUCCAUGACCCGUAACCCCUGGAAUGCAGCACCUAGCAUGACAAACGCUGCGAGGCGUCUAUCAUGCCUAUUCUGCAUGAGAAACUCCCUGUCAAACUGUUCAAAAGUGGACAUCUUUUGGCAAUCAUGCAACACAAAUUUUUGCAUGCUUCAGAUUCAGCAUGACAAGUUGCAUUCUUCCAGACCCAGACAUUUUUACAGUUGAUACCACCACGGCCACAUCGGCGACACGGACGUGGGUCACGUGUACAUUUCUGAUGCGAAGGGGCUGCGAUACACCAAGUCCCUCUCCGCCAACGUGCGGAGUAACGAUGGUACGUGUGACUUCGACAAGGUGGGCGGUAUCGACGGGAUCUACAUGGCAAAUCAGGUGGACACGGACGAGUUGUAUGGGAACGACAACGCCGAGGACUUGCGGGAAGACGUCGCCGACGCGGAAGAGGAAAUCGCCAACAAAAAUAUCGCGGGAGGUGCGGGACCCAGUGCGAUGAAAAAGGGGAAGAGCGAAUCCAGGGUGCGGACGGUCAUAUCCUUUGAUAAGGGAGGCACCUGGAGCGUCAUUGCGCCGCCGGAGUUUGAUAGUUUGGGUACAAGAACUUCUACGCAUAGAUAGUUAGGUCCUUUCAGAUAAUUACCCUGUUUUCGCUUUUUGUUUUUUCUGUUCAGUGUUCGCAAAGACUUACCGGCUCUUCUUGUCAUGGUAGAUGUAGGCUGCGGAUGAAUUUGUACCACGCCUAAAAUUUAUAUCAAGGUCAACGCGUCGACGCCUGUGACCAGCUCCGAAUACAACAAUCGUCCACUUCCUCCCCACAAUCCUGCAGUCUGCAUCUCCACGGCACCACGAGUGCGCUGAUGGGGACGAAUUUUGCGCCCUUCUACUCCAUGCCCUCCGCGGCCGGGAUUAUUCUCGGCACGGGUAACGUGGGCCCCUACCUGCGGUACGAAGACGCGAACACCUUCAUUUCCAUCGACGGCGGGCUCACCUGGAUCGAAGCGCACAAAAAACCCUACAUCUACGAGAUCGGAGACCACGGGGGGCUGAUCGUGAUGGCCCCCAGUACGAAGAAAACCCGGGAGGUCAUUUUUAGCUGGAACGAGGGGACCAGUUGGUUUGAGUUCGAGAUGGCAAAAAGCCGGAUUGAGGUGGACAACAUCGUGACGGCGCCGAAUUCCGUGACCACAUCGUUUCUGGUGCACGGAGCGCGGGGGACGUCAGGGGUGGUGUACCACAUGGACUUCGCCGCUCUGGGUACUAGUUGAAAGGGUUUUUUCUUGCUGAAAAUCGACGCUUGCUUCUUCGAUAAUGCAAACACUAACUGAGUUGUGCCAACAUCAAGAAGUCCUGAGUGCGCAACAAGUUUGUCAUAUUACACAGCAGGACAUGGUCCAUUUCUGACAUUCAUUCUGGUUUACUACCAAGGUAUGCCGACCUGCGUCAACCCUUUCGGCGCUGGCACUGUGGCGAGCGACUACUACAAGUGGAGCCCGAGCGAUAACGGCGGUGCGGCUGCGACUGCCGCGACGACCCAACAGAGCCAGAACAACCCGAAGAAAUGUUUGCUAGGAAAGCAAGUCAUCAUCACCCGGCGGAAGCCGACCUCGGAGUGCUUCAACGGGGAAAAGUUCGAAAGACCCGUUUUUCAGAAGAACUGCGAGUGCAGCCAAGUGAACUUCCAGUGCGAAAUGGGGUUUCAAAGGGCGGUGAUGAAAAACAGCUAUGGAGGAGGUGGGCAGGGCGGUUAUAACCCUGCUGGCGGGCCGCAGGUGGCUGAGUGUCUUUUAGAGGAUCCGGAGCUCGCUGCGCCGGACGACUGUGAAAGUGGCAGGGUAAUAACGCUGGACGCGUAUAGGAAAACGCCGGGGGAUACCUGUGAGGGAGGCUGGUAAUGAUAAUGUUUCUAAGUAGGCUUGUUUCACUAGCAGUGCGAAUACUUAAUAGGAUAAGCAACCACGACGCAACACACUGACUAUGCCUGCACGAUGUACGGCAAGAAAUACAAAGCAGUACGUUGAGACUGGUUCUGGUCUUUAUCAUGACUCCGAAAUAAAAAAGCUCCAACCCUUAAAUAAACUAACAGGAAACCUGCCCCCGUCCAGAUGACGUGUCCUAGCGGGAAGUCGUGGCUCUCGUUCACCACUCUGUUCCAGCUUUUCCUCUUCUGCACCGUCCUCUACUGCGCCUACCACUACCUACCCCCCGAAUUCGUCUUUUUCCUGACCGAUAAGUGCCACACGGUUUUCCAAGUCCUGCAGGUGAUUCGGCACGGAAACCAGCACAAGUUUGGCGGUAUCACAACAUUCAACGACGUCAAAUACGGCAACAUCCAGCUGGACCAGCUCCCCGAGUCCGCGGCCGAGUCGGUCGGCACCCGGUGGGAUUACGAGGGCACGAUCGACGACGAUUUCCUGGCCGACCCAACGGGGAACUCCCCCAUGGAAGACGCCCCGACACUGAUGCACUUCGACGCGCCGAAAGUAACGGAGGAUAUCCUAAACGGCGCGGAGCCGGUCCGGAUCAGUCGCGGCUUAACGAGCGCCGCGACCUCGGUGCCGCGGUUAGAUGCCCCGUUGGGGAUGAGUAGUGCUGGAGGUGGAGCAGGUGGGGCAUCACUGCAGCCGGGUUCUUUUGGAGCUGUGACCGCAUCAACUGCUAUAUCCGCGGGUUUGAACAGCAGUAGUGGCUUCAAUGCAAACGACGAAGACAUCUUCAAAAGCGGCUCCUCCAGUCUAGGGGGCACUUUUGACGAUUUGUUGUGAGCAGGAGAGGCUUGCGCUCAUUUCUGUGUUGAACAAGAAGUAGAAACACAACUAACUUAUUUAGCUGCUUAUAGCUUUAUUUUAGUCCUCUAAUUAGUUUUUGCUGGUGCUAAUUUGAUGUUUUUGUCACUGAGAUACUGAGAAUGCAAAAAUGUCGCAUGUGAUUACUUGAUUUCAGGAAAUGAGAGAGCCCCUGGCGUGCCACUUUUCCCGUCUGGGCACGAAAAAGAGGCCCUUUACAACAUGGUAAUUUUGCAAUUUUCGCAUGCACUUUUGGUUGCGCUUUUCGUUUUCCAUGUAUGACUCGAACAAGGAAUGAAAAUUCAGCACAAGAUUCUUGAUGUAAGUGGGAGGCGUUAUUGUGGCAGGUAUAAAUAAAAACCCGCAGAGUUGUUUGUUCCUCGCGUCAUCAUUCCUACUUUUGUUGAAAGUCGUGUAAUCUGCAAGAACGUGCUCAAAGUCGCCCCCCAAAGAAAAACCGGAAUCAUUCAAAAACGCACCAGGUUGUUGAGGGUGUGCUGCUGCCAAGGACGAAAUCGAAAGCCAAAUUUAU